AUUGUCUCUGAUAGCGGGGAGGACAUCCUGUCAGCAGGUUUAUUCAGCUGAGCAGAAAUAAUCAGAGACGGAGAAAUAAAAGCUGGAGCAAGUCUGGUGUGAUCCCAGUUUCUGGUAAAUACACGGAGAGGAAACAAGGAGGCCUCCAGGAUGCGGUUCUGCAGUACUCGUGGUGGAGUGAGAGGAUGGGACUUCAGGGAUGUUCUGUUCUCAGGCUACGCUCCAGAUGGGGGGAUGUUUAUGCCGGAGACCCUGCCCCAGCUAAGUCCUGAGACGCUGCAGAGCUGGAGGGAGCUGUCCUACACCCAGCUGGUAGUGGAAGUAUCCGCUCUCUUUGUUCCAGAUCAGCUGAUCCCCAGAGAAGACCUUCAGGUGUUGGUCUCUGACGCCCUGGCAGGUUUCUCCGUACCUGAGGUGGUCCGUAUAGCACGUCUCAAAGACGGUCUCUCCAUCCUGGAGCUCUUCCAUGGAGACACUUUGGCCUUUAAGGACCUGGCUAUGACCUGCACCGUUCACUUCAUUAACUACUUCCUACAGAAGGAGAACCGCAGGGCCAUUGUUCUAGUUGGAACGUCUGGUGACACCGGCGGCUCGGCCAUCCACAGUGCUAAAGGUCUCUCAGAGUUGGAUGUCCUGGUUGUCUUUCCUCGAGGACGCGUCACUCCGGUUCAGGAGAAACACAUGACUACCUGCCUGGAGGACAACAUCCAUGUGUUUGCAGCCGACGGCAGCUCCGACAACAUUGACCAGCCCCUUCGUCGUCUGUUUGCGGAUCAGAAACUGGUGACGUCACAUGGCCUCAUGAGCCUCAACUCGGUCAACUGGUCCAGAGUCAUGGUGCAAAUCGCCCAUUUCGUCUAUGCCUACAUGCAGCUCAGCGGCGUGGAGAGGGGGCUGGAGCUACCAGAGUUUGAGGUGGUGGUUCCAACCGGAGGGGCAGGAAACAUCACAGCUGCCUACAUGUUGAAGCUGAUGGGUUUGCCUCUGAAGCUGGUUGCCAUGGUGAACGCUAACGACAUUGUGCACCGGACGGUAACCAAAGGUGACUUUUCCAUGACGUCGGACGUCACACAGACUCUGGCUCCUGCCAUCGACAUCCAGGACCCGUACAACAUAGAGCGGAUCUUCUGGCUGCUGCUGGACAGCGAUGGAUCCUCAGUGAAGAACAUCAUGGAGGAGUUCCAGCGUUCACAUCGACACAGUCUGUUGGAGAACCACCGCAGGCUGCUGUCAGAGGUUCUGCUGACUGGGACCGUGGGUGACGAAGAGAUCCUGGAGACCAUGAGGAGGUGCUGGGAGGAGAACCAGUAUGUUAUGUGUCCUCAUACAGCUGUGGCCGUGUGGCACCAGUACCAUCAUCCUCACACCGCUGGAAUAAACAGGUGUUACGUCGCUACAGCGUCUCCAGCCAAGUUCCAAGAGGCGGUGGAGAAGGCGGGGCUGCCCUUUGACCCCCCUGAGGCGGUGCUGGCUUUGGAGUCGCUGCCCACUCGGUACCAGAACCUGGAGAGGAGCCAGAACUGGUGCGAGGACUGGGAGGACAGACUACGGGCGUGGAUCCAGUUUGUGUACUGCGUCAGGAUGAAGAGAGGAGUUUGUUACAGCAAGAGUUAAUGAAACAGCAUCCAGAUGUUUCCAGUUCCUCAGGGAGCCCGGUUCCUGUAAAACGGGUCACAUCUGGCUGGUUACUAUGGCACGGUAUGGGGGCCAAAAUUAAGACUGCUGCCCAGCAGCAGGAGGCUAUAUAAACUCCGAAGCAAACUACUGGUCUGAUUAAUGAUAAGCUGGCGCCGGUAACUGAGAGGAUGGCGCUGCUUACUGAGAAAUAUGUUUAUGUUUAUGUAUUUAGCAGACGCUUUUGUCCAAAGCGACUUACAAGUGAUAAUCGGCAUUUUGCCCUUGAGGCUAACAACAACAACAACAACAAAUUGACAUCAGUCAUGGAGAGGAGGGAACAAGGAGUGGACAGUAGAGAGGGGGGACAGGUGCAGACAAGGUGCUAGUUAAGAAGAUGCUCUCUGAAGAGCAGGGUCUUCAGGAGUUUCUUGAAAAUAGAAAAGGAAGCCGCAGUUCUGGUAGUGUUAGGAAGGUCAUUCCACAUUUGUGGAACGAUGCAUGAGAAAAGUCUGGAUUGUCCUGAGCGUGGUGUAGGCACUGCUAGCCGACAAUCCUGUGAUGACCGGAGCGGCCGGGCUGAGACGUAAGCCUUUGCAAGAGGAUUCAGGUAGAUGGGAGCCGUACCGUCUCGGACUUUGUAUGCUAGUGUUAGCAAUUUGAAUUUGAUGCGUGCUGCUAGCGGUAGCCAGUGGAGCUCAAUGAACAGAGGGGUGACGUGUGCUCUUUUAGGCUGAUUGAAGACCACACGCGCCGCUGCAUUCUGGACCAUUUGAAGAGGUUUCACAGUACAGCCUGGAAGACCAGUUAGAAGGGCAUUGCAGUAAUCGAGGCGGGAGAUGACAGUAGAUUGCACCAGGAGCUGGGUGGCAUGUUGUGUUAGGUAUGGUCUGAUCUUUCGUAUGUUAUACAGCGCAAAGCGGCAUGAACGGGCAACAGAGGCAACAUGAUCUUUAAAGGUCAGGUGUUCAUCAAUCACAACACCCAGAUUUCGAACUGCCUUUGAAGGAGCCAGAGAUAGAAAGUCAUUCUGGAUUGAGAUAUUGUGCUGAAUGGAUGGUUUUGCUGGGAUGACAAGUAGUUCAGUUUUAGAGAGGUUGAGUUGGAGAUGGUGGGAUUUCAUCCAUUUUGAGAUGUCAGAGAGACAGUUUGAUAUUCGUGCUGAGAUAGUGUGGUCGUCCGGUGGAAAUGACAGAUAGAGCUGGGUGUCAUCUGCAUAGCAGUGGUAGGAGAAGCCAUGUGAUCGAAUGAUCUCACCCAGUGAGGUGGUGUAUAUGGCAAAGAGAAGAGGUCCUAGUACAGAGCCCUGGGGGACUCCUGUGGCAAGGUGGUGCACGGUAGAGGACUGUCCAAGCCAAGAUACGCUGAAUGAUCGUCCUGUGAGGUAAGAUUCAAACCAGGCGUGUGCUUUCUCUGUGAUGCCCAUGGUAGAGAGUGCUGACAAAAGGAAGCCAUGGUUGACAGUGUCAAAUGCAGCCGAUAAGUCGAGCAGGAUAAGCGCUGAGGAUUUGGCAGUCGCUCUAGCUUCUUUUAAGGAUUCAGUCACUGCUAACAGAGCAGUUUCAGUGGAGUGGCCCUUUUUGAACCCAGAUUGGUAAGGGUCAAGCAGACAGUUUUGUGAGAGGUAUUCUGUUAUCUGCUUGAAAGCCACCCUUUCAAUGAUUUUGGACAGAAAAGGGAGGAGAGAGAUAGGUCGGUAGUUCUAUAGGUAGAAAUAGCACCUUUACCGGCGUUACUACUAGAUACGCUAGGGACUAGCAGCCCUCGGCUGGUUAUUGACUGGUUCACACACUCCCUCUGCUGUCUAUUAGCAUGGAUAGGCUAGCGUUAGCCUGGAUGGGCUGGUGUUAGCAUUGGAGAGGCUAGCCAUUAGCAUGUCUCGGAGAGUCACUAGUCAGCUAGUGGCCAGCCCAGGCACGCUAAUGGCUAGCCUCUCCAAUGCUAACGCCAGCCUAUCCAUGCUAAUGGUCCAUCAAGGGGGUAGGAAAUCCAGCUAGUGGCCAGCCUAGGCACGCUAAUGGCUAGCCUCUCCGAUGCUAACGCCAGCCUAUCCAUGCUAAUGGUCCAUCAAGGGGGUAGGAAAUCCAGCUAGUGGCCAGCCUAGGCAUGCUAAUAGCUAGCUUCUCCAAUGCUAACACCAGCCCGUCCAGGCUAACGCUAGCCUAUCCAUGCUAAUAGACAGCAGAGGGAAUGUGUGAACCAGUCAAUGACCAGCCGAGGGCUGCUAGUCCCUAGCGUAUCUGGUAGUAACGCCGGUAAAGGUGCUAUUUCUCAGUAAGCAGCGCCAGCCUCUCAGUUACCUGCGCUAGCUUAUCAUUAAUCAGAUCGGUAGUUUGCUUCAUAAUUUAUAUAGCCUCCUGCUGCUGGUCAGUAGUCUUAAUUUUGGCCCCCAUACUGCGCCAUAGAUUAGGACCGUUAACCAGAAACCUGAUGUUACUGUAAACUGCAGUAAAUUCAUGUUUGGAAACAAUAAAACCAUCUGGUCACCGU